AAAGGUUAUUGAAAUCCAAGAUGGCGGCGCCUACAGAGGAGUCGUGAUCCAGGGAAACAGGGUAUUUACAACAAUUUUACAAGCGGGACAUGGUGUUUUCAGCACGGACUGUAUGUUUUAUGUCAUUACGACCAUAACGCGAAAACAAAGGAUCUAGAAGUAAACCAGAGACGAGACCAUGCAGGUGUCCGUGAGGCGGCUGGCUCUGCACCCCCUGUGUGCUGCCCGGCGUGGCCAGGGGACGGGCGCUCUCCUGAGUCCCGUCCUCCGCCUCGUGUCCCCCGGCGCCCGUCCCCUGUUCAGCGAGACGGGAGUCUGGGAGAACGACUAUCGAAUGAAGACCAGACGCAGACUGGAAGAAUGGUGGCAACCACGAAUUAUGAAGCAGUGGAAGGACGCCCUCGAGGAGAGCGCAAACAGGAAGAAGUUUUACGUCCUCUCCAUGUUUCCAUACCCAUCGGGGCGACUGCACAUGGGCCACGUGCGAGUGUACACCAUCAGUGACACCAUUGGGCACUUCCAGAGAAUGAGAGGCCAUCAGGUGUUGAACCCGAUGGGUUGGGACGCGUUCGGGCUUCCGGCCGAGAAUGCAGCCAUAGAGAGAGGUCUCGACCCAGUGGACUGGACUAAAAGUAACAUACAGUCCAUGCGGGAGCAGCUGGACAGCCUCGGGCUUUGCUUCAACUGGGACAGAGAAGUGACCACUUGUCUUCCAGACUACUACAAGUGGACGCAGUAUCUCUUUAUAAAGCUGUUUCAAGCAGGGCUGGCAUAUCAGAAAGAGGCUGUGGUGAACUGGGACCCUGUUGAUCACACGGUGCUGGCAGAUGAGCAGGUGGAUGAGAACGGUCGCUCCUGGAGGUCUGGCGCUCUGGUGGAACAGAAGCUGCUCAAACAAUGGUUCAUCAAGACUACAAACUAUGCCAAGCCCCUCUUGGACGCCCUGGAGGACCUUCCAGAGUGGUACGGGGUCAAAUCCAUGCAGGCGAACUGGAUUGGAGAGUGCACCGGCUGCUACUUUGAUUUCAAACUCAAGGUGAACGGGGUGGAGACGGGGGACACCCUGUCGGCCUACAGCUCCUCCCCGGAGACCGUCUUUGGAGCGGCCUACCUGGCCAUCCUGCCCUCGCACAGGCUGCUGCACGGUAGCAGCGCGGUGCGCUCCGUCCUGCAGAAAGCCCUGCAGCCAGGCAGAGACUCCCGGACAGAGGUCACUGCUCACAACCUCUUCACCGGCCACGAGGUUCCCGUGGUCAUCUCGCGCAAGGAGGCAUUUGAAAGCUAUCUGGACACUGUUCUUGGUGUCCCAGACUGUAGCGAGGAGGAUCUGUCUGUGGCCAGAGCUUUGAAUCUGAGUUGGUCAACGGUGCUGAAAACCCUCGAAGAUGGGACGCAAACUUUGAUCAACUCUGGUGAAUUCUCAGGCCUCACCAGAGAGCAGGCCUUUGACUCCAUUACCCAGAAGGCCAGGAAGCAGGGGGUUGGAGGUCACCUUACCAGCCCCAAGCUCAGGGACUGGUUGAUAUCCAGACAGCGCUACUGGGGCACACCCAUCCCCGUGGUGCACUGUGCGUCUUGUGGUCCGGUUGCCGUCCCUGAGGAAGAAUUACCAGUCACUCUACCGAAGCUGCCGUCUCUCACAGGAAAAGGGGCGUCGCCUCUGGCAGCUGCACAUGACUGGGUCAACUGCACGUGUCCUAGGUGUAAGGGCCCGGCGAAGAGGGAGACCGACACCAUGGACACCUUUGUGGACUCGGCCUGGUAUUAUUUUAGAUACACAGACCCUCAUAACGCCGACAGGCCUUUUGAGCGCCACCUAGCGGAUCACUGGCUGCCUGUGGACGUGUACAUCGGGGGGAAGGAGCACGCCGUCAUGCACCUGUACUACGCUCGCUUCCUCAGUCAUUUCUGCAAGGAUCAGGGUCUUGUGGCCCACAGGGAGCCUUUUUGGAAGCUCCUGGUCCAGGGUCUGAUCAAGGGCCAGACGUUUAAACUGGCAGACAGUGGCCAGUAUCUGACGAGAGAAGAAAUAGACUUCACAGGCGAGGAGCCAGUGGCGCGGAGCGGCGGCCGCAUCGAGGUGACGUGGGAGAAGAUGAGCAAGUCCAAACAUAACGGGCUGGACCCCCAAGAGGUGGUGCAGCAGUACGGCGUGGGCACGGUCCGACUGUACAUCCUUUACGCCGCGCCCCCUGAACAGGACAUCCUGUGGAAUGUCAAGACCGAUGCUCUUCCCGGUGUUCUGCGGUGGCAGUCCAGACUGUGGCAGUUGGUGACCAAGCUGAGAGAAGCACGGCAGCUUGGAGACGUCCCCGACCCCUCCCUGCUGAAAAAGAAAGAGCUGGCAGAGGCUAGGAAGAUCUGGGACAACAAGAACUACGCAAUUCAAGAGGUGACAAAUUACUUCACAGAGGGCUUCCUGUUCAACGCGGCCAUCUCUCGUCUGAUGGGACUCACCAACACACUGGGUAGUGCAAAAGUCAGGGUGUUGCAGCACAGCGUGGAGUUUGAGGAAGCCCUGGCCGCCCUGGUUAUGAUGACAGCUCCCAUGGCUCCUCACUUGGCUUCUGAACUGUGGGCAGGUCUUUGUCAGGUGGAAAACCCACUCAGCCCCCUCCUCCAGCGGGGAGGAGACGUCCUGCAGCAGGCCUGGCCUAGCGUGGACCCCGAGUAUUUGGAGGCCCCAGAUUUUGUGGAGGUGUUCGUGCAGAUAAACAACAAGCCCUGUGGCACAGUGACGGUGCCUCUGCAGGAGUCUAAAGACACCAGUCGGGUGCAGCAGCUGGUCUUGGAGAGCCCCCUCGGGCAGAAGCUCCUCAGGGAGCGCAGCAUCAAGCGAGCCAUUCUGUCCCCCAGGGCCUCGCUCGUCAACUUCCUCAUUGAUGAGUGAUGCGUGGCCUUUCACCAUAAGUUUUGGAACUGUUAGAUGGUGGAGAAAAACUGUCAGGGAGGCCAAAGAAACCGACUUUUUUAAGUCUUCAUUUAAGGGUUGUCACCCAUAAUGUGUAUGUAAAGAUAUUUUAUUUAUGUUUUGUGUUUUAAUAAAAAUAUUCAAGUAGAA